AUGAGUGAAGAUAGCGCUUUUCUCAAAACCACGCCGUCUCUAGUGACUGCGCAUUCUGUGCCUAAUAUUGAGCUCUCCUGCGCUGUGGCCGAUUCAAAUGUAGGGAUAGACAGCAAUCUGGACACUACUAAAAGCAGCAGUGUCGAGCGCCUAGUGCACCUUACUAGACGCCUGACGGAGUGUAGGCACGUUUUUGCCGCAUUAGAAAAGCAAGAACAGAAGCUGCAGAAGAAGAAUUCAAACCUGCUAGACCUGCCGGAUGAAGCGCAGGUUGACGCAAGCCUACUAGACAGUAAAUCGGGCGGGGAAGAGGAGGAGGAUCUGGACGAAGACGAAAACGGCGACCGCUAUGACGGGAGCGGCAGUUACAGAAGCUCUCCAAGAUCGCAUCUGUUGGUGGAGAAUUUCGUCGGCUCUCCGUCAAAAAAGCCUCAGGGUGGGCGGGCAUCAAGUUUGGAGGUGUUGCCUGGACAUGCUCAAUCCCAACCCACACAGAAGUGGGCUCGACUUCUGGGUCUGACACCCUCAGACAUUGGCGAUGAAGCCGAAUUUGUUGUAAGUUCGCGUUUGCCUGUCUAACGUCACUCUACUUAAAAACGGCAGGCUUAAAUAAUCUCAGACUGCUGUUCUGAAAAAAAUACAACGUUUGAUAAGUUUUGGCCUUUGAGCGGUUAAAAAUCAUUCUUUUUAUCUUUUACCGCUCAAGUAUUACCUAAAGUAUUCGACGAUGCUUAUUAGACUACAGUUAUUUUAUUUGGCAACGACCAUUAAACCAGUGUUUUUAUUUCACCAUACUGCUGGUUGAAAUGUUCUUUAUACACGAAGAAAUUAGUCUUAACAUUUUGCGGCCGAGUUUGUCUCAACGUUAGGUGAUAUAACUCGCAAAAGUGAUCCAUAAUCUAACUAAUUAGAUUGAAACAUCUCGAAGGUUUAAAACAUUAAAUGCGAAAUAACGGCGUUACAGGCAUACGUUUUUGUACGGUAGGUAGGCACUUCUCUAUGUAAUUCUAUAAACGAAGUUCUGCAAUCUUUGGGUAGAAAUCAGCGUCGGUUUGCGUACAGGCAAACGCCCAUGUAAGUCACCAUAUUAACUCAACUAUGUGUCUUUUUUAGUUUUUUUUGGCAAAGAAUAUUAAUUUAAAUGACAAUAAUUAUUCCAGCAAAAUUUUCCUAAAAAUUUAAAUAUUUAUACAGGCAGUAAGUUGGUCUAUAACCAAUUUUAAUAGUGAUUUAUAAAACUCUCUAUUAUUAAGUACUCGAUUUAUUUUUUCAACAUAUGUUUAACCUCUUUUUUCUAUUCAAAUUCAAGAUCGGACAGGUACCGAGGCAAUAACUAAAAAUAAUUCAUAAUUUAUGUGUUACUUAGCAGCUUACCCUUAAGUGCAGAACGAAACAAGAAAGCAGAUUUUGGUGGGGUAAUGUAACUUAACGUUUUUGACAGAAAACAGGCCACCUUAAUACAGUGGACCGCAUGAGCGACCAAACAGUUUCAAUUUGAUUUCUGAUAUUGUUUCAGAAACAAAACUUGAAACCUUGUUUCCAAUUCACUGUUGAAGUAAACUCCGAAAAUCAACUUAUGAGAACUUGUUGUUUUAUGAGAAGCGUAUUAGUGGAAUACCUUUGUAAUUGGCGUCAGUUGAUCGGUCGACUAACCUUAUAUUUAGAUUCGUUAUCGAAUAAGGCAAACACUGUCAUCCGUGCAAUGCUAACGCCUGAGAACUUCUUCCUUGGAGAAAUGGAUCGCUAACUGACUAAUGAUGAUGAAUUUGCUCCAAACAAACUACAAAUGCUAUCUUUCCCGAAAUUUUAUAGAGAACUCUGAAACCCCUUAGUGUUAAUCUAACUUUGCGAUUUCAGACUACUCUACUGUCCUUAUGACAGAACAACAUGCAAAAUACUGGGCGUCUAAGUACAUCUGUUAUUGUCCUUCGAAUUCUAAGUCCUUUACUGUUGUCUGAUAUUCGAAGCCUUGAAAUCUCUUGUUCCUUACAUUUCCAGUAGGGAAAAUGAAACGGAGUUCCCUAUGCCCUAGGUAUCCGCAUCGCAUCAAACGCAAAAUUUCAAUUGAAACCCUAAGGUAGCACUUAGAAGUGACAUAUUAAAAAUGAAGCAGUUGGCUGAUCACAACCUUUCACGCUAUAUAGUUUAUUGAAAUAUGUUCUCCCGACAUAUCUCAAUUAUCGUUUUUUACAUGGCGUUUGCGGGGAUCGUUUGAAUGAGCUCAAAAAAUUGGUUUAUGAAUUUAAUACAAGACACGCACUAAUGAUGAGCAACCUGACAUUAUUCUUAUUGAUUGAAGUUUUAACGAACUGAAACAAGAUCAUUUAUAAUCGAGCGUUUGACGGUGUCCUGCGCUGAAAUCCGAUUAAUUAAAGGUUUUUUAAUAUAAAUGCUGCAGCAUUCAAGACGCCAUUAAUGUGCCAGUGAGUGCCUGCUUCUGUUCUGGCUGCCUUGUCAUUUCCUCUGAAACGUCUCCGUUAAGCGAAAAAAUUAAAGAUGUCACAUGAUGCAGAAUUUAGCGAAGACUUUGUUCCUGUGAUGUAGAUCAAACAACGUGGUGAAUUACUUAGAGAAAAUAAAGGUUUAUUUUUCCAACAACUUCAAAGUUUUUGCAGAUUGGCUCAUCCACUAAAUUUUGACUAAGAACUCUGCAUUUACUAUGGUUGGGGGGAUUAUUUUUUAAAACUUUGCUUGUUUACACUUUCGGAAUAACAUGACGACAUUUUUUGCGGUAAUAACUGAUAUGAAAAUGGUCAUGACAUGGAAAUUAAUUUAUUCGCGGCCACAAAUAUCCAAUAAUCUGUUAACAAAAUGAGUUUGAAAUAUUUGUUUUGCCCAAGAACGUCCGAAUUUUGUUAUACUCUUGCAUGAAAUGCGGUCUCUAAAUCUCACCUGCCAAAAAAAUGCUGUGUAUUAUAACGGCAUUGUCAGUCCAAAAACGUAAACACUUUUCCGAUCUCAACAGGAAAAAUAGAUCCUCUCAUUAUAGUGCUUGACCGCGCACUUAAAUCCAGGCCGACGCAGCUUAUCGUACCUUAAGUUAACACAUUCCUAAGACUAACAGUUGCCCCAGCUCUCAUAGACCUAGUUCUAACGUCAACUCUGAAUCGCCUUUACCUCAUCUUAACCCAUCUAACCUUAUCUACAACACAGACCCUUUCACUGUCUUUUCUGAACGUUAGGGUAAGGCCACCUUUAUCACGGAGAUUCAUCUUCCCGUGCCCAAGCAAAUUUUGAAUGCAUACUUAUGAAUACAUCUUCUGAAUCGCUCAAGUCAUCAACCGGAAGGACAUUCACCUAGCUUCUGUGCCUUUCGGGGUCACCCGAAUAUGCGACAUGAGCAAUAAAGACUGUAGAUUACCGGUGUGUUGUUAAUCAGCCAAAAAUUGAUAACUAAAAAUGACUUUCAAAGAAUACACAGGAGCAAAGACUGAAUAUUUUUAACUGGUGAUUGGUUGCUACGACUUCGGGUGGCUGACGUUUAGAUCCCACGUAGUUUACUAACAAACAUUUUUAAGCCACACGACUCAUAAUAAGCAGACGUCCCAGUUUGCCCUGUGCUUGCUGGCAAUAUUUCACUAAAAAAUUAACAAAACAUAUAAUUUUUGAAGGUUGAUAACGUAAUUGAACCAACUUUCCUAAUUAAAAAGCGCUUUGGUAUCGCAGUAAGAAGACGUCUAUAAUGCAGCUGCAGAUGGGCGCAGAGAUUAACGCCCGUGCAGUUUAUUUCUUUUUGAGCGCCGUUUGCUUAUGCUAUAAGUUUAAAAAGCUGUAUGAAUUCAUUAGGCAUUACCUCUCCGACUAACCGACGUAAUUUUAUUGAAUACUGUUAUAAUUUUGUUCUCAAACGUACGUUUUUCCUGAUUAAAACAACGGAUGGGCGCACUUAACAGAAGUCUCAUCGACUGGAAACGACUGUCUAAAAGAAGCUUGGUAAUGAUUGUGAGGCGUUCAGUAAUAGCUAUUUUCCUUACGGUAACCAGGUCGGCAAACGUCUCACCGACGCAAAAAGAAAAAAAUCAAUCUAGCAUUCAUUAUGUAUUUAUAUCGCUCCGUUAAUGCUUAAAUGAAUUUUUUCAUGCCCAUGAAAUCGCCCCCUGGUCUGCUCGAUUUUCAAAACUACAAUACUAAUUUAUCCUAUGAUUCCGAUAGGAGUGUUCGUAAUCUCACUGCUGCGUGCCAACCACCUUCAUGCAUAUGUGUGCGCAGUACUCUACUAACCCACUCAUGAGGUUGUAAUUAGUUACGAUCGCAUUUCAUAUCUACGCCAAUUACAUGCGCAAAUCACCUUUCUGUAGAAUCGUCCUCCCAACUGAUCAAUCAGUGGCCAACUAACCGGUAACGUCAUUUUCUUUUCGUGAAAUCUGUACAAUAAGGCUCAUCAUCGGAGAAUUUAGUAUACUUUUGGUCCAUUGCUGGUUUUUUUGCCCGAAGUAGUGCUGGUCUGCAUAAAUCACUGUGGGAUAUAUGUUCACGUAUCAUCAAUUAAUAUAAUUACUUUCCAUGCAGCAUGCACUCCUGAGUGAAAACUGAACAGAUGCAACCCCGACUUGUUAGAUCAUUCAAAUGACAGUUUCAAUUAACUGACCUCUUAAAGAGCUUUCUCGGACUCAAACAAGCUGGUUGUUAAUACCGCAACAUUCACAUUUAGCAAGACAAGCAUGUCUUUAAGGCAGAGAUUUCACUAGAUCUACUGCAAAAGUUGUGUGCGACGUUGCAAAUGAGAACCACAUUUAAGCUAGCAAACUUAUCUUUGCAUCAUUCUUGAUGAAAACCCUACCCUCGAGCCAGUCUGCCGAUAUGAUUUGCAUGUUUGAAUUACGUGAUCCCAUAUGCAGGACGAGAAAAUAGGAAUCGCUUGAAGACGGGCGGAUUUGAGUCAACGUCCAGUGAAAUUAGGGUCGGGCUUGGGUUUAGGGUUAAAAAUCGGUUAGGGAUUGAGUUUGAGGCGAGAUUAAAGUUAACGGUACAGCCGUUCAGGCUUAAUUUUAAGGUUAAUCCAUAGGUUAUUUUAACUGCAGAUUUAAAGAGCCGUAUUUGAGCAAGGGUUGGGUUUUGCAUUAAGGGUAUGGUUGGGGUCUGGACACAGGAAUGUGUUUCUCCAUAUAGAAUUGCGCGUAGGUUCACAUAUAUUGUUUAGGAGGGGCACACAUAUUUGCAUGUCCAGUUUAGCGAUUCAAAUGCGUAAGUCCCACCGAUAAAAAGACACAGUAAGUGUUUUUAUCUUUAAAAUGAUAUCCCACGGUCUACAAUGAAAACAUUUUCGACAAAGCAUGAUAGUUCGCAUUUUUGAGAGCAUCCCAUAAAAAAGUUUAACAAUACAAUUGGGUCAGCCAGAGAUUUUCAUCGGCAAUAUUAAGACUAAACGGUGGAAUUGGAGACGAUUCGCACUGAACAUUAAUUCACAAACGCUUCGAAUUGUAACAGAUAUGAUUUUACAGAUGACGGGUUAUUUUGAACUCGUAGUACACAAAACCACGUAAUGAUGCAGAGGAAGGGCUGCAUAAAAUCAUAGACUUCGUUUUUAAUUUUAAACAAGGUUAACAGUUGCUUAACAGAAGGCCCAAAUUUAGUCUUGAAGGUAAAUAUAUGAAAAGUCACAAAUGCAUUUUCCCUAUUAAUGUUAUUUUGGAGCACAAUCGGCUAAGACGAUCCAUUCCCAAUUGUGUAGUCGCCUUAGAAAAUAUUUCAUUUUCGUAAAAUGCUGAGAUAGCUGGCUGUUAAAGAGACUCCUCUGCGGUCCUGUGUAUAACUCUUGACACACACACACACGUGCCGUGAACAACCGCCUUGUUUGAUACUCUAAAAUUUAUAUUGAUGUUCUGAUCUACCCAGGAUUGUGACUAGGGUGUGGUUGACUGGUGACGGAAGGCGGAAAUUGCCGCUCCAGUCACUGCUGUCUCUGCCCACAUCGUCUUCCGCAUGAUUGCAACAGAAUCUGCGUGUCCUCAAUCACUGCAAGGUCGCCCUGCACUUUAAAAUGAAACCAGUCGAAGACACAAAUGAUUCCAGGGGUCUGACGAAAGCAAGAUAAAGUGGGAAAUUGUGGCUCUUUUUGGGCACAAUGCACUCGGCGAGAUGCUAUGUGCUCCUCCACUACCUAGAAUAAACUAACCCUGUGAACAUACUUCUAGAUGCACGCAUUAGAUUAUGCCACUUAUAUGAACCCUAAAGCUAUUUAGUUAUGCAGCGGGCAGACGAUGUAAAUCUUCGCUUUUUCAAACUAUAUAAAGUGCAUUUUUAAAAUUCUGUUAUUAGUUUUACAAACAACACUCAUUCUUGGUACGCAGCCAUCAUAGAGGGUAAUAUACGCUAUAUUCUAAAAGUACAUACCAGAAUUGCCGGCAGAAGGUGCAGUAUACAAUGAAUAAAAUAGAUAUGCAGAACAAAUUACAAACAAUGGCUGUCAAAAACUGCUACUGUCGAAAUUGUGAUGAAUAGCCGGUGGAGGAUUUACAAAAUUCCAGUCAGAGUUUACUUUCUUAAAAAUCAUUCUAGCGUGGUAUGCAGACGACCUAAUUACUGUAAGUUAGAUAAGCAAAACGGAAGACCACCUCUGGUUAAUGAGUAACUGGGUCGACGGGCGUACAUAUAAGAAAAUUCCCAUUCAAAUGCAGAGUUAAAUAAACAUAUGGUUUAUUUUUUCUCUGUUCUUUAGUCUUUAAACAGCAAGUAAUCUUGAAAAGCAGUUUUCAUAAACAAAGAGUAAAAUCUGCUUUAUUCCAUUCUGUUCGGCAGCAAAGACUCCAUUCAAGGGUGGAUAAAAUGGACAUUGACAAGAGGUAACACCAGAAUAUCAGAAGCGAUAACUGCUAAAACCUGAGCCUGUACAAAUUAUGUGAAAUGGCCAGUGAAUGAUUUGUGAAAUUAUCCUCAGAUCUCCCUUCCUACAAAACCAGAAUGAUGUGGAACUAAGUCUAUUAUCUCAAACUUGGUUUUCUUUCGCAGUGCCAUGGUGCUAAACACUUUUGCUACAAUGGAUACAGGCCACAAAAUUAAUUUACAUUUGUUGACCAUGAAAGCGGCCAGGGAUGUUUAAAGCAUAUGUAUAUGUGACAAGAGUUAUACGCAGGAAUUCUGCUCACGUAAGGACCACAAAGGUGUCUUUUUAAUAGGCAAACGUCCAAGCACUUGGUUGUUAUGAGACAUUUCUCAAGGUGUUAAUCGUAAGGUUAGUCUUUAAUUCGAGUUAACCAUGUAUGAAAUAAACGAUGUUAUCAAUAAUGUUAUGGUGCCUAGCAUUCUUGCAUGGUUUUGCGUAUAUAUAAAUUCGGAAGUGUCCGUUAUUUGUAAAAUCAUUUCUACUAACAAGUUCAAACGUUGUGAAUUUAUGUUGAGUGUACGUUUUCCCAAGUUCAAUCGUUUUACUUUAAAAUUAUUAAUUAUUCUUCAUAGCGCGGGAUACGCUUUAUUUUGAAGGCAUCUAUCCAAAAUGCUCAGCAACAAACACCCGAGUUACGGUAAAUAAAAUGGAUAGGGAAAAUAAAAUACACCAAAAAACCACAAACCAUAACUACGAAAAAUACCACUGCCCAAAAAAAUAAAAGGCAGUCAGUUAUUGAUUAUGCAAAACUCGCUUCAGAGGUGCCUUUCUUCAAACAUGCACUAGCGUGAUCUUUUUUGUAUUCCAGGUAAACAAAGACAGGGAAAAAUCAGUGUGUAAUGAGUAAAAUAGACCUACAAAUCUACAAAGAAGAAAACGCCUAAGUAAAUGGAAAGCAAAACAAAACACAUGGGAGGGCAGCUGAUCCUUAAGCUAGUGCAAGUGUUAGAAAUUCCGAAAAUACCAUUAAGGUUUAAAUGUGAUUAGUCAAAUGGCCUUUUCGCCGAGAUGGUAGCUGAUGCAGCUACAUAUUUGCUGGCUUGUUCGGGCGAAAAUGAAGUACGAGCAAAGAUACAACCUACACAGAAACGAGAAGCAUCUGCUGAUCGAUUCAACAAUCUCAGAUUUCUUUUAUGGUCGAAAGAUCAUAUUAAACGCACAUUAACAGAAACCUUAAUAUACCCGCAGCAAUGUUUAUUAGCGUGUAGCGCUGAUCACCUGGUUCGUGUUGCACCCAGAACUCAGGAAUAGCGGGACACUGAUGACAGAAACAAGGGGAACUGGAAUGACCAUUGCUAUCUUAUUGAUCGUCGUUAGACAGUCAUACACAACCCCGAAGUCCGGAACACCUGAGGCUCUAUACCGCGACAUGUUACUUAGAUUUUUGCCGCCCCGAACCUCUGCGCCAUGGGCUUGAUGUCCUGUCGGUUACGAUUAGUAACAAACAUUCAUUCCACUGUGACUUGGUGUUCUAUCUCACGCCCAACCAUUAGCAGCACAGCGGUGCGUACCAAAGGCAGAAUGGAUACCGACAAAGGCAAGGGAGACUGAAAUGGGCAUUUCUGGCUCAUUAACCGUCGUCAGCCAAGAAUAUGCGUCACUGUGCGACCACUGGUUGGGCUCUAGAAACAGCCUUGGGGAGAAGCGGGACGAGUGAGUUCCGUAACACAAUCGAUGAUCGCCCGUCUAUUUUUGAAGCAGAAGUAAUUGACAGUCAAACAAAACCCACCUUUCAGUUAAUCCAAGCGGCGCAAAUGUUAGUUUAUCAGUCCUCGGCAUGCGCGGACCGGAUUGUCAGUAAUACUUUAGGUGGGCUUACUCAUGAAAUCUCAACAGAAUUUGUGAAAUGCGUUUCCGUUUCGAAAAGAUAAGUAAAGUAGGGUUGUAAAUCCAAUCAUCAUGCACGAUGAUUCUAUAAUAAUUUGGUUACUCCAGGGUGUCGGCUUUUGAACAAACGCUUUUCUGGCUGCACCCAAAAACUGAACUCCACAAAAAUGACUUCUUUAUUAGCAUGCAUUUUUAAAUUGAUUUUCGAUGACCUUAAAGAUUCAAUUACAUUUCAUAGAGAACAGGAAAGUAUAUUCAUUUUUUGUCGUCUCGGUAGAACAUUAGUCAUCUUUCAAUUUUAUUCUCGAACGAAGGGUGCAAUUUGGUUUUAUAAACUUUUUCAAUUCCCAAAUAAUUAUGAACCCGACCAGAGGGUUCACUAACAACAAGGCGUAUAUUUCCCGCGUACGGAAGCCCAUACAUUUAACUACCGUAUUAAGAGGACACAAUAUCGGGUUCAUAAAAUUAAGUAGUGGAUUUGAACCCCAUUGUUACUUUACAAGCCACAUGGGUAAAUGCAAAGAUAUGAAGUUUUAUAAAGGGCCAUUCCAAAAAUUUAAAAAAUCUCACAAUUACAAACAUUUUAAACCGAAUUGUACCCUUCCUUCGGGUAGGAAACUAGAGGAAAAAGUUAUUUUCUACUGAAGCAACAAAAGAAUGAAAAUUCUUCUGCAUGUUUUCUAUGAAAUAAAGUUGAAUCUUCAAGGGCAUCAAAAAUCAUUUUAAAAUGCAUGGUAAUCAAGUAGGCAUCUUUUACGGAGAAUGGUUUUAUAAUGCAGCCGGAAAGACGUUUGCUGGAAUGCCAGUGUUCGGCGGUAACUCAGUUAUUAUCGACUUAUGCUGCAUGAUACUGAUUUGUAUAACACAACUUAAGGAAUCUUUUUAAAACGGAAACACAUUUUAGAAUUUCAGCUGAGAAUCCAUAUAGCCCACCUAAUGUAUGUUUUAAUAUUAAUUUUUUGAAAAUUAUUCUACUGCCCGUAAUAGCCAGCGGCAGACAUCUUAUGAUGUGCACUAUACCAGAAGGCCUAGUGAACCUACUGCGUUCCACAGAGAAACGAAAUUAAUGAAAUACAUGUCUUGAUUUUUAGUUAGUGCCCAUGAUUCAAUUGGGACAAAUCAGUCAGUAUGUAAAUAUGGCUGACUGUCGGUCGACAAAAAGUGCGUACUGGGUGGAUUUUCUGCCAAAUUUGAUAGAUGUUCUGUCGAAUAAACAUGAUAAAUCUCGGGCCGGACAUGAAAAUCCGCCGAAAAAUGGAAGCAUGGAUUUGAAGUUAAGGCAUUUGCAUACUUUCAAAGUAGAUCUGGAGUGGUAUUCUAUCCGCACAUUGUGGACAAAGGGAUACGACUUCUGCAAAAAUGAUUUUUACAAACGGAUCAUAAAUGGCAGCUGUUUGGGUAGUCGCUAUAUCUUUUGAACGAGACGUCCUCCGACGCAAACUCCUCCGACUAAAAAUGCUUGGCACAGAGGUGCUGCAAUCACCGACGCUUCACAAGCAUUUUCUCCACUGACCUCAUAAUUUUCCAUUCCAUCAAAUAAAUUCCUUUAAUCUGUUUUCAGCGAUCCGCCAUCAAGUACUCAAAACCCGACUGUAUGCUUACUUCGGCCGAGCAACUGGAUCUGCAGAAAUCCUGGAACGCUGCACUUCUCAGCGUUCACUUUGGCAGUCUGCAGACGAUGGGUCUGCCCGGGGAGAGUCAGCUUCGAAGGAGCUCCAGCUGGAAGAGCAGAAUGUAAGUGCAUUCGUUUUGCAGCGGUUAACUAGAGAAUCGUGAUCGCAGUUAUUAGGAGUGGUUGCGGAGUAGAUUCUGGCUAGUCUGAGACAUCGGCUGGUCGCACUCGAUAGCUGGUCAAUCAUCUUACGCCACCUGUAUGAAUCAGAAAUAUGUCGCAGACCGUAAGCCGCAGGCCCAGAUACUACCGCUCGUGAUCAUAAAGGCUCACGCGCAUGCGCAAUUAGUGAUUGACCGAUUUAAUUAAAGAGAAAAACAUUUGGUUAUGUCAUAAAGAGAUGAACUAAAAUCGUCAGGCAUGUUUUAUUUUCAAUCAGCACUUAUCCUUUAUUUCAGCUACGUUUACGACGACAGCAGGCACAAUCAAGCCUUAGCCAUUUGAUCUAAAUAUUUUGACUACCGCUGCUACAUCUAAGGCCAUAACGACCAUUCAGACAUAUGUUGAUCAUUUAAACUGACGUGACAGGGACGCCCAAAUGACCCACAAUUACGAAAGCCCCUUAUGUCCUCUCUGGAUCGACGCUUAAGGUUAAGAUUGAUUGGUUAGGUUCAGGCCUGCAGCCCCAUUUGUUUGAGACUAUAUGGCUAGCUUCCUAUAACGAUUUAAGUAGGGACGAUAACGUUGAACUUACAUAUAUCACGUGGUUGCACCUUCCUUACUAUUUCAAUCUGGUGAGUGACUCCGCCUCGGGAGGGGGAGGGAGUGUUUAUACGCCAGCCUCGGUUAAAUCAGGUAUCAGUUCACAUGCGCUACCCUGCGCGUACUUCGAAUUCUGCUUCCGUCAUUUCUAUUAUCUUAAUCCAGCAAGGAGCUAAGUAUGUUUACUAAUGACAUUGUUCAGACGGAACGAAUCUCCGUCAACUUCACUGUAGAGCCCACGCAGGGCUAGUUGACACGCGGUUCCCCUCGCUGCCCUCGCGUUGUAAUUUCACUCUUCUUAUCCCCUUAAUAUAGAGAGAGUGGCUUUGUCGGAAAGAGUGCUUAAAUGACGCCUUCGGUUACACCAGGCAUCAGUUCACACUCGCUUCCCUGAGCGUUCUUUGAGGACUGUUUGCUCUCUCUUUCGUUUCUUAAUCAAGCGGUGGCUAAGAUUGGUAGGUUAAAUAAAAUUUUCUUAAGAUGCUAUUCAUUUGGUAUCGGGGUUGCAGGACCGAAGCUUAACGAUUAAUUAUUUACAUGUUUGACAACUAUAAGACCCAGAUCCGAAUAAAAAUUACUUUUAACCAAUGAUUUGGCAUUUUUGACUUGCGGCAACAGUAGAAGCGCAUUCAUUUAUUUUCAAUGUUAUGAAGACUGUAUAUGGGGACUACAUAGAAAAGAGAUGAAGCAACUUCGACUCCUGCCUUUACUUCGAUGAGUGUUCAUUUCUGCGACACCAAUUUUUAACGCUGAAAUUUUAGGUAAUGUCUUUAAUCCAAAUGGCACAAAAACGCCGUUCAAUUUUGUGUUUUGGGUAAAAAAAAGGUCUGCAGAAAUAGAGGCUUUUAAACAUAACUGUAUCUUACUCUAUAUGCUUCACCUUUCAUAUGAUUCAAAACGAUGCUACCAUAGCUUUUAUGACUUGAGUGUUAUAAAGGGCGCCAGACUGAUUGCAUUUAAUAAAAAUGAAUUACGCAUGAUGGUUUUUGAGAUUCACACAUGAACAGCGACGGAUAAGAAUACUGAACGAGAGAAUAGUACGGUAAUUAAGCAAUGCAGCUACAAUGUCAUGAUGAACAAUGCCUAAGUGUACAGUAGGUCGCUAUUUACUCGCAAACAGGCGUGAGGGAACGGACCCCACCUAUAAAUUAUAAUAAAAGAUUUUGGGCAAACUGAAAAUGACAAAAUACAAAAGGCAAUAUAAAAUAGUUUAGAUGUGAAAAAUGUCGUCCGAAGACCCAAAAAUUCCGCAACCGUCAAAAGUCAGUUUAGUUGAACCAACGUCGACUUAAUCCCGGCUAUUCGAAGGGCUGAGUAGAUAAAACGGCAUAAGCGGAAUAACAUUUUAAAAUUGGACCAUAAUACGCCUUAGCAGUAUGUGUAAUGACAACAAUGACAGUCAGCAAAGAACUUGCGGUUUGUUAAUGGAUUUCAAUAUGAUUUCAUAAGAGUUAGUCAAUUUCUCCCCAUUCUUCAAUUAACGGAGAUGCAAUCGACUAGGAAGAUCUGACUUUCGCUUAAUUUGCCGAUGAAGAUUUUACAAGAAUAACAGUUUUGUCAAAAUCGCAUAAUGAUAGACUGGUCACUGAGUAGAAAAAUAAAAUUUUCAGUGCCAUCGUACACAUGCCAUUUUUCAUGUAUUAAAAUAACGCCCCGUCAGUGAAAUUUUUUAAGAGAUGUUUCGUGUUCUGGAAAACAAAUAGUUUUACAUCAUUCCUUAUAAAGUUUUGACUAUUUCGCGAUUAUCGGUAUUUUCAAUUCCUCACCCAUAACGAUGGGCUCCAUAACGGGCUUUCUGAGGGCGUUUAUUUAGAUAUGGAGUUCAUUAAAAAGCUUUCGUGUGCAGACGGUCGUCCAGCCUAAGGGACUAAGAAAAAAACCUUAAACAAUGCUCCCCGAUGAAGGUUUGUUCUCGUUAAUGGCUAACGAUUUUCUCUUAAAAAUCCGGAUUAGUCAUGCGGAAAUAAACGGCAGUACUGCUCAAAAUGUUCUGACCUUCUGGGCUCAGAAAAAUUUGUGCAGUUUUAUUCAGCAACAAGAAAUGUCUUGAUAUACGACAAUUAAAAGAUGCAGUUGUUUUGUGAUUCGAGGAUUCUGACAUGGUUUUAAUAAAGCCAAACGUCUCCUAAUUUUGACAAAGCAAGUUCAUGCCAAGCGGUAUACCUCUGAACUCAAAUACUCUACGUCUUUAAGACGAGUCGACUUUAAGAAUUAAAUGGACGUAGAGUUACCGGUAAAACACAUUUGUUCUCAAUAAUUUAAAUAACGAGUUUGCUAUUUCGUUAUGGAUUACUGCGACUGCUAGUAUGCGUAGUAAGAUCAGUAUCGCCUUCCGCCCGAAUUCAAUAUUUUCGAGUAAAUAAGGACAACCUGAAGCAAUCGGUUUUCGAAUUCAGAGCAAAUUCAAAGCAAUGCAUAUGAAUCACGUAAAUCAGCUCAUAAUCCACGGAUUCGACGCUGACUGUUUAGACUUUUCAUCGAGAGGGACAUUUUUAAGUCAGUCCAAAUUUUGACAUUUAGGUUCGCUUUUUCACUCAUCUGGCAGAGGAUUUAAUUUAAAAACAUCCCUAAAUUUUUAAGCUAGCAUAGAUGGAAUUGUCAUAUCCCAAACCUAUUGCCUGUUUAAUUUUUCAUUCGAUUUUCUCUCCCUCAUUCAAUGAAAACUAGAAUUUAAAAAGUGAACACUUUGAGAUAUUGUUAAUCAGUGCCAAAUUAAACUCAAGCGCAAGGCACAAAACCCAAAUCAACACUAUGGUGACGUUGUUUUUUAAGAACAGAAUAUAAAUCCGAAUUUCUGGUUUGCCAGCCAUCAGAAUUUACCCAUACUUGUAUAAAAUAGACUUCAGAUAUGUUUACUAGUUUGCUUGCGUAACCCUGUCACUGGCACGAAAUGCAAAUUUUCUCAUUUAUAUUGAUGUACUCCCAUAAGGACACGGAGACCAAAUGGAUAUUUCCGGAAAAAGCCUGUCAAGACUAGAGUGUGUGGAGGGAGAGAAUUCUAGAUAGGUCCUCCUUGUUAUAAUUCAAUUUCUGCCUAGGUCUUUGUCGCCAAUUCUGCCCCACCCCCAUCGUCAACCUUCAACUGUCUUGGAAUUUCUCCUGGAAGGGGUGUGUAGAGGCGAUAUGCCCUCCACAAUCAGUUAAAAAGUUUCCAUUUCCACUUCCUUUCCGUCAGAUUAAAUUUGCUCACUCAAGCUACAAACGUCCUGGCUUCCCCGCAUCCUUCCCUGCCUCAGCAGAAUUCUCAGCUCUGAUUUGUGAGAAGGAACUGAAAUUCGACCAAUAAAAAAAACUAGUUUUCCCGAUAAAGAAAGAGUUUUUUUGCAUUCAAUAAAUGCGCACUUUAAUGCGAAUCUCAUAAAUUUCCGGAAACGUCUCACCAGGAGGCAGAGUGAAUUAAAUCCGAAGUAAAGGUCUUGCAAAACAAACGGACAAGCUUCCGCCGUGUUUCAGCAAUUUAUUUUCCGUAGAGAUAAACAAAGAAGCUCAGGCGCUCCCUAAUUAGCAUUUAUUGUCUUAGUUUGUUUGAGUGUUUUUAAACUAUAUUUCGCACAACUGACAUUCAUACUCGCGCAAUCGGCUCUGUCCAUGGCGUGCAUUGUGGAGUGGGAAUGUAACAGGAAUUAAUUUGUAGUGGUGCAGCAUUACGCUGCGUCUACCGGACUUCAUACCGAUCGUAAGAUAAAGCCAAGAUGACCGAAAGGGGAGGUGCGGAGAUGCAAUUAUUUUAAUGUAAGUACGUAUACGGAGGAAUUGCGCGUCUUUCUUUGUUAUCACUUCUUUUCCCCCAUAGUAACGGUUUGGUUUAGAUGUAAGCGCUCAUCUCUUAAUGCGUUCUUUAUCGACUAGGGCGGCGCUGUAAGAACUCUGAUGCUAAUCACCUGAGGUAGCUAAUGUGUGGUGGUUGAAAAGCACUAACGACAAGCCAUAUUUCAUGUUACAUCAGCGCUUGAUUUUUUAAGGCUAAACAGUUUGUUUUGUCCAGGAGAUCCGACGACACACUGAUAGUUUUAUGACAACAUUAUACUUUAAAACCUGCAUACAGACAUCAUUAUAGUAUGUGCCGAAAACAGACUAUUAGGUUUUGAGGUACGCCAUCGCAGUGAAUUAGUAGUCAUUUAAAAUUGAAGUCAUUUAAAAUUAUGCUACUGGAAACAUGUUUUUGUUGUACAUACAUUGAUUAGAUUUAACAGCGUGUGACCUAUCUCAAGAAACUUUGUGAUAAAAACUGAUUUGAAAAUUUAAGAACUUUGCUUGCUUGUCCAGUCUCUCUAAAGAAAUAUCCUUUCCGUAUGCGGAAAAUAUGUCCACGUUAAUUCACCAGGCAGAGUGUACGUACAUUUGAGCGAAAACGGACACUGUGGUAUAUUUGGGCAGUUUCCUUUGCCAGUACCUGUCCCGGACUUCCUUUUUGCGCGUGAGUGCGUCUUUUCACGCAAGACUAAUUGGCUCUCAAGAGUUUAACUAGACACAGUUUGCUUUAUUUAAGAAUUAUUUUAUUGUCUGAUGCCAAGCGUGGCAACCAUUUCGCAAACGCACAGUCUGCUUUAAAAGAAUCGGGUGUUUGACUGAUUUUUAGGAGUCAGACUAGCGGAUCUAAUUUUCACGGUAUAUCUAUUCCGACCACAUAGGAUAUCAAUUUUCGUGCGGUUUGGCAUCUUAACAUACGAAAUGUAGAAAUGUGACGCAAAAUGCAUUAACACUUUAAGCAAAAUAUCCGUAUUUCUAUGGACAACUUGCAGUGCAUUAAUAGUCGGAGAACGCAGCCUAACAUAGGACGAAGACGGCAUAAAUAUAUACUAUAUAAUGAAAAAGCAUGUUUCACCAGAAAAAAUAUUAGCAUUUUGUUCAGCAAAGAGAAAGAACCGGUAAAGAAAGUCGAAAUACAGUAUUAAAGUUCUCCAUUAAAAGUUUACUCAUUAGAAGAAUUUUUCUAACCGAUCGAAAACAUAUGCAUGUUGGUUUUAAUUGUUGACGUUCAUUUGAUCCGACGAUGACGUUUCCUGUUUAAAUCCAUCACCAUAUGAUCUUACCUGAAUUCUAAUACACAGUACGAUAAUAGACUAUUUUUGACGUUAUUAUUUUGGCGCUGUAAUAUUUCCCAAGUUUUUUGCAUGUUCAGACUUGUCGUACGAGUAAAAUGGGGGUUUAUUAAAUUACACCCAAUUUCGAAUUUUCCGAGAUUUUUUAUCUUAUAUAAUGAACUCGGUUUUUCUUUCUACCUAGUAUUACCCCUACUAGUUAUCUUAUUUUGAAUUUUUAAGAGCUGUUAUUAAUUAAGAUAGAUAUUUCGGUCGACGCAUUGGUGUGUGUCUGCGAGUGAAUUGCAAUUCCGACAGCUUUCAUAAUUUAGAUAAUCUACCCCAUAUAAACUUAACACAUUAAACGGCAAAGGUGCGGAAAAUAACACCAGUUAGCUGUCAAUAAACUGUCGAUCCUGCCAUACGAGAUUUAUGGUAAAGGGAGUUUUACGGGCGGGACACCAAGCUAGAUAGUAAGCUGACAGAAUGAAAGAAAACACAGAACUUGCCGGGGUCUGUGACCCUAUGCUAUUGUGCGUCAACGGAAAUUAGAGUAGUAAUAAAAGCACAAAAAAGUAAAUUUCACAAAAUAAAGGAUUUCGAGUUAAGGUGCGAGGUCAUGAGAAGCAGUCGCCGUCGACAGUAUAGUUUCUGCAACAGCCUGUAAAUGCAUGCUAUCCACAUGCAUGCACGAUCCACAGUCUACUGACAGGUGGAAGGGGGUCCUUCUCUAUACCGUUGCCCCGUAAGCUGGUAUAGACUUUCGCCUAAUAUUAUGCGGGAUAACAUUACUGAACUAUAUUAGGUGGUCAGUAUACAUAAGAUAAGUUAUUAUUUCCGAUAAGAACCUCGUUUUUACCAGAUGCGGUAUUCUUUUGCAAGGUGUUUUGUUCAAUAAAAAUACUUUUCAUUAACAGUGGCAUUCUGGAAAGAAGUAGUCCAGUUAAGAUUUUCAUUCACAUCCUCCGAAGAAAUGACCAGAUUCCCACGCAGGGAUCUGUACUCAGCCAUUUCUAUGGCAGUCUGAUUUCACUCGAGUACUAGGAAACAUGUACGCACGUGACUUGCUGUUAGGCUUUUUGCAUCAAUGGGAAUCAUUCCAGUCGUUUCGUCCAUAGCACAUUUACAUAAAAAGCCCUCUCCCUUCUAUCCCAGUCUAAUAGUACCUGCCUCAUUUUUAUGUGAAAAAAAUGCCAGUACGUGUCCGCAAAAAAAGUAAAUCCACUUAGUCGGCGCAGGGACGUCAACCCUGAACAGUCAGGGGUAAUGACCAAUUUGCAACAAUGUGGACGGUAUUUUGCAAUUCCCCCCACCUGUGGUCACCGCACGUGACAGUAACCAAAAACGCAGUCAUAUGGCCUGACCUUGACGCAGCAGCGCACGCAAUAGAGGGACAAAUCAAUGAGUGGGUGUAUGCAAUUUCGGUCAGAUUUGCAUAGAUUAACAGUGGUUGGCGACCGUCUUUUUUAACGGGCUCCGCCCUUAAUUUGAUGAGAUGCACUUUUAAGGGCCGGCUUAAUAAGCCCGUGGUCGCGUUGGCGUGUAGCUAUCAAUUAGAGUGUGUUCAUAUGCAUAUUAUGCAGUUGGGAGGCAUGAACAAUGCUGAAAUUGUAUAUUUUAAUGCAGCAAUUUAUUAAUCGCAGUCCUAAAAGCUAGUUUAUAAUCAUGACAUAAACUUACUAAGCUUCCAUAAGGUUUCCGUUUGCCGAAAUACAGUUUGUGAAAAUUCCCUUAAAACCGCAUGUCGUGUUCAAAUUUUGGACGAAAAUCUGAACUGGGUUUGGCUGAGAUUUAACAAGGAAUGUGCCAGAAAGUCUCAUUUCAGUAUCUCUUCACUUCUUAAUUUCCCUACUGAUGUUUAAUCGUAGUUAGUUUGCUUUCAUCGCAUAGACGUCGCGCUUUGUCAAUUUAAAAUUUUUACAGCACAGUAAAAACAGAGGGCAUAUCGAUUUGGAUUCUUUUACAGUGUUUCCAGAGGCGACAUUUUUGAAUCAGCAUGAAGGGAGACGCGGAGCGCAGCCUUAUUAAAAAUGCAUCCGUGCAUGCCUGUUUUCGGCAAGAAACAGUCCAGCCAGUUGUGCAUGAUAGCGAGAGAGAGAAAAACGCGGCUGCUUUCACAGUAAUAAGAUUUCUAGAUGAGGCAUUUUUUUGAAAAGUCUGCAGACAUAUGCGCAAUCUAAUAUGCAAGUCCCUAUUUUGGGUCACAUUGAAGACAUGGCGUCAGCGGCAUCAUGGAAAAAACAAGUAAAGAAAACGCGAUCAGAUGCUCUCGGAUACAAAGGAACAUUUUCGCUUAAAAAGCACAAAAAACCGCAUUAACAGAAAACGCGGAAAAAUGCGACUCUGUUUCAAUGCCUGUCAUGUUUUUGUGGAUAUCGCUUUAAAAAUACGUCAAAUAUUCAGAAAUUUAUCGUUCCGUUGAAUUGAAAUACAAUCUGCACUUCCAUUUUAAAACCAAAAGUGCACUUAGCGCAUCAGGAUAAUCGCGGAACCGCGCACGGCCGUAACGUCUUUAUUUUGAAUAAGGAGUAUUUUUGUGGAUAAACUAUCACAAUUCAGUGACCUUUCUUCUCGCUGUUGAUUUUGAGAAUAACAUAGAAAACAGUUUAAUAGCAAUUAGAGUCGAAGGCAUCUAUGAAUUUAGACAGAGUGCAAAUACAUUCUGUUUUUAUAGUUACCAAAAACAGCGUACUUCGCAAUUUUUAUGCACCAACUUUAAAAAUCUUUUUUUAAAUUUCCUAGACUGUUGUAUUUUGAAGCAAUGUAAAUCGUUAUUGAAAAAUAUGCAUAGGACGUAAUUCUUGACCAAUUACAAUAAAGCAGUUAGCAUGAUUCCACGUGACUUGUCGUUGCACACUGCAGGACAUCGCUGUAAUCCGUAUGGUGCUGCGAUGUCCUGUAAACGGCAGACAGAGAUUAAUUCAGUAGUAGAUGCACAAGGCGCGUCUCAUUCUGACAAAACCCGUUUUUUUUCUUCUCCCGAUCACCUCGGCCAAAACGAAAGUGGAGAUCCUUGUGACAGUGGUAACUAACAACUCACAUUGAUGUUUUGAUUACUACCAUUCAACAAUUUGUAUUUAAGUUGUUUCCUAACCUACGAGGUAGAACGUUGAGGGCUAUAGUUUCUCAUUUGGAAUUUUACUUGUGAUUAUUUCCGUUGGAAGUCCUAAAAUAGCAGUUCGUCAACAGUCCGUCUCCUACAUGUUGUGUCUUUCAUAGAUUUGAUUUUAUUGUGUGUGAUUUGAAGCGCCAUUUCGGCCGAUGCCAUCGUUUUAACGAAAGCGUUUAAAAUUCCCCGUCUUAACUUCUCUUGUCGACCAUUUUUUAAAUCAAGCGGCAGUAUAUCGCAAGGCACAAACAUUAAUUAAUAUGGUUCAGAAAAUUUUCCCUUCGACCAGAAACAAGGACAUGCUUUAAUGCAGCAGCAGUGGUCCAGGUGUGGAGAAAUUAGCAGUAGCAUCGACGUUCGGGCACAUAUAGAGAAGCGGAAGUGAAAAUAUUUCUAAAACAGAACAACAUUUCGCCAAUGAGCAGUUGUAUUCGACGUUUGUUCAACAAAGAAUGUAAUCACUACUAAGAUCGACACAGAAUUACGAGGCGUAGGACACCCUGCAAACUAAACGGUUUCUUGAAAACUAUCCGGACUUGUUAAAAGUAACUGCGAGGUUAAAGUUAGCAUUUGAGAACAAAAUAAUUUCAGUGAAUAUGUAAUAUUAUAAGACGAAAUCAUAAAGGAAAAGAAGUGAUUAUUAGAGCUAAGUUGUGAUGACUCGCAUCACAGGGGUAAAUGAAGCAUGUUCCAGUCUCCUCCUAAUUAUUGUGUACGAAAGGCGGAAGAGAAGCGGAAACAGUCGAUAAUUCAUCUUCACGCUUGAAUCACUGACUACGCUUAAAAAUACUGGAAUAAAUAAGGCUUUGUCGGGAGCAAAAAUCGAUUAAUAACAAUUCCUUAACUUAACAUCAAUGACUCUCUCUCUCGUUCAUGAGGGGUCCGAUCCACCCAUGCAGCAGCCAGGAAGUCAUUGACAGGGGAUAAAGUUGUGCGUGUAGCACGCUCAGACGUCCUGUUUAGCUCUGCCGACCACUCCGCUCACGGUUCGCCUCCGCCGGUCGUAUCACUGGUGAAAGGUGCGCGAUGGGGAAACAAAUGCGACAAAUACUGAACCAGCUGGCCUACAUACGAAUUCACGGGCGAAACAGCACCGCUGCGUCCACCCCGUAGGGCGUGCGAAUGAAGUCGUCGCUUGCGACUGUCGAACUGUCAAAUAGUUAUGCAGAAGACAAAGUAUUUUUGAGAGUGCCACGCAUUCCUCUUUCCCCCCUCAAUUUCACUCUUCGUAAGGGAACGUCAAAGUCACGACAACAGGGGGGGAGGGCACUGUACGUGUACUUAUCUUCUCCUUCAACUGAACAGGGAACUAAAGGCGAAAUUUCGCACCUGUAUGACCCCUGUUGAAAAUGUGAUUAUUUUUUAUUUGAUAACUGGUGGAGACACAGUAGGUGGGCUUACUCAUGAAAUAUCGACCGAAAUUUCGAAAUGCAUUUCCGCUACGAAAAGAUUAAUUAUGAGUGGUUGUAAAACUAAUCAUCACUUAACAUAAUUCUAUAUUGAUCCAGUUACUUCAGAGUGUUCGCUUCCGAAUGAACUUAUUUCCGACCACAUGCAUGUAAUCGAGAAAAAGGGUAUAAUUUGGCCUCAAAAAAGAUUCUAAUUUCAAGAUUUUUAAUAUCGUAAAAUGGUCCUUCGUAAAACAUCAUGUAUCUGCAUUGACGAAUGGGGCUUGUAAAGUUAACAAUAUUACACAAAUCCACAGCUUAAUUUUAUGAACCCCAUAUGGUCUUUUCCUAAUAUCGUAGUGAGAUGCAGGGUUUUCCGUGCACGGAAAAUAUACGGCCUGCAGUUUUCAGACCCUGAAUGCAAAUCUAACAGCAGGGCGAAUUCAAAAGUUUUCGGGAAUUAGAGACGUUUUUUUUAAAAACCGACUUAUACUUUACGUUUAAGUAUAAAAUCGGAAGAGGACGUGAUUUUCUACCUAAUAAGUAAAGACGAUAAUAUUUUCAUGCAUGUUUUCUGGUAAGUAUAAUUACAUUUUCAAGUACAUCGAAAAUCAAUAAGAAAAUUGCAUGCUAAAUAAGCGGUCAUUUUUGCAGUGUAUAUUUAUUGUUUGCGGUCCAAAUUACGUUCAUUCAAAAGCCGACACCCAGUGGUAGCUGGAUAAUUAUAAACUUAUGUUGUAUGAUAAUUACUUUUACAACCCUACUUAUUAAAUCUUUUUGAAACGAAAAUGCAUUUUGAAAUUUUGUUUGACAUUUCAUGAGUUAGCUCAUCUACUGUACAAAUAAUGGAUUAAUAACUUCAGUUAGUUGAUUUUAUUUUUAAAAUAACUGAACGCCUAUAGUUGAUGUUGCCUACAGCGUUAGUAAGUUGAGUGGAUAUUGCUCAACUUUGCAGUCUCACAGAAAUAAAUAUGUGCAAUUUUGCGAAAUAAAGACCGCUUUUGAACACUUUCCUGCCUAGCAAACGGUUAUCGCAAGUUAAGACGCUCAGACUUGUUACAUAUAUUUUUAUUAAAUAUAUCAUGCCUGUUCGACCAACGAGAACGCCGAUGCCCGCCCUGUGUCCAAUAACAUGGUAGGCGCAGGAAACUAAUUAGUAUUAGGUUAGUUUUUAGUGAUAGGACGCGGUCUCUUCUCUCAGACACGUGGACCCUUAACCGGAUAGAGUAGGGUCAACGGAGGACGGAGAGGACGCAGUGACAACGUUAGGCGAUCGAUCUACCCUUAGCGGGCACGAACUGACUUGGGCACGAUGAGGUAGAAUUUCGCAGAAAAUCGGGUCUGGCUGUGACCUGAUCUGGGUGGGGAUUUGAAGGAUGUCACAUUUAGAAGGCGCCUUUGCAGCUUGACCGUCUGUCCUGAGAGGAUCAAUUUAUCCACAAUGUUGAUAGCCUUUUAAGCUAGAACUUUUAGGGGGUAAGAAUUGCUGUAGUGAGGAACAUGUGCUGCAUGCUUGGGGCAGUCUGCCGGUACCCUAUCUUAUAUACAAGACUGCUGUCCGAGUCGGUCCGUCAUCUGAUGCUGACAAUGGGUACAGGUGGCUUACGUGAUUCGAGUCUGCAACUAGGAGUGCUGCCACAACGCCCGUAUUUGACGUUCGCCAGGAAAUGUGCGGAAUCUACGCAGCAGAGUUAACGUGCGUCAUGGCCCCCGUGUUGGUCCGGAAAACUUCCCGUUUAGCCUGUUUUAGAUACCCUAAUAUUUCAUAUAACUGUCUUUCAUCUUCAAGAAACAGAUAGCAGCUAUUUCAGGUAACCACUCCUUGCCUUUUGGGACAGUUUUGUAACAUAUGUCUUAAAAUUGCCCCAUCUGCGACCAUCGGAACUGUUCUACCCCCAAACCUGCAAAUUACUAUAUUUUACCUUUACUGUAAAACAGGGCACUUCCGUUCUUCAAGAAGAGCUACAAACAAGCGAAGUCUCUACAGCAGGACGAGCUGUUACGAAUGAUAUCCUCGGGAAAGCCAAGCUACGAGCAGGUUCACAUGUGGCGCAAAUCAUUCGAGUCCCUUCUGCAUGACAAAUGUAAGCCCAUUGGUCUACUCUCAAAAUUUUCGUAGAAUCCGUUGUGCGCAUGAUAACUGUUACUGUUGUGACUCAUGUCAUGUUCCCAUAAGUUAAUUAAACUCUGUGCUCCAUACCUGAGAUAAUCCCUCAGAGUCUGACAUUACAACCGAUUGAUAACGAUAGAGUAUACGGCGCCGCGUAGCUGGCAUUUCCAAAAUAUACGAUAAAAUAUCUUACGAUUGCAAACAAAAUAUUUCAUUUGCCGUUCCCAUUGAUUGCAAUUUCAUAACCUGUCUGAGUAAAUGCAAAGGCAGCGGCACUAGCCUUAAAAUUGCCUUUCGUUAAUUUCUUGAUUAUCGCGCUUACUCUAUUUGUUAUAUGAGAGCAUGCAGGAAGACCUUCGAUAGACAUUCAUUUAUUUUUCGCGUUUUCUAGCUCUUCGUCUUGAGUUUUACCCUAGCCGUAAAAUCGCACGUUCCAGUAUUCAACGCAUGCUCAGUCCACAGGUUAACCUUAAUUAGUAGGGGACCCCAUAGCCUAUCGUUUCUAACCGACGCUUCUUACUUUUUCAAUGGCACGUCAGCUUGUUAAGGAAAACACUCGGUUUGAGGAGAAAAAAGAAAGUACUAGCUUGGAUUUUGACGUGCCAACGAGCAAACAUUUUCAAAAAAGUAAAAGGCAUUUAAACUGGAUGCCCAUACGUAAACCUGAGACGACUGCUAUUCUUAGAAAAAAGGACAUAAAUCAUACUUGAGUGCCGAUAAUAAAGCCGUGCAAACGGCUUCGCUAGUCGAAUUUGCAUUUUUAUUGGUUGACGCAUUUACAGUCACAAAAAGUAGAGCGCACAUAUACUAAAGGGAUUUUUUUAUGAUAUUGUCAGUUUUUCAUUUUUAUAGCAAGAACAUUUUGCGACAGAAUCCGGGAGAUUCGUGUCAGUUAGGGUUUCAUUUUAAUGCAUUUUUAAUGCCCAUUUUUAUAUGAAUUUUUAAUGCCAAUUUACGCGAUUAAUUUACGGAAUAGGUUGAAAGAGUGACAGUUUUGAUGCACAGGCAGACGUCUUCUCUUGUCCCAGAAGUAUUGAAUUUAAUUAGACAUAUAUAUUUUAUUACAAGUUGGAUUAAAUUGGAUGAACGGAGUACGAUUCUUGAGCGGCCAACGUACAUAUAUGUGCAGACGCCUAACGCGCAUUUUUUCGAUCUAACCAUGUUGUAUUGCGCCAGAACCGUUCGCGCAAACACGUCUUAGGUCCCUAAAAGGUCGCAUCCUUAUGGUCAACACUUUUGACAACUGCGUUUGCUUGAAAAGGUUGACCGUCGGCCCACAAGCCAAAUGUAAUUAAGGCUUUGUCGGCAUGAUUAGCUGUUUACUUCUGUACGGGAAGCAAAUGCAGGUGAAAGGAAACUUACUGCUAAGGAAAACAACUUGGAAGGCCAACAAUUGUAACCAUCGGAAAAAGGCAUCCUAUUCAUUCAGUAAUAGGUGCACACUGAUUUAAUGGCUUCCCAAAGCACAGAAGCUUUGUAUGGGAAUGAUAGGGGUCCCGAAAUGGCAACCACCUACCAGGCCGAAGUCAGAAAACUAAGGUUAACACGGCGGAAAGGGAGUCGGGGAUGUAAAUCGAUCGAGCACUGUUUAGGGAUUGUUGGACUUCAUUCAGCCAAUGAUAAGCCUGCCAUCAGCUAGCAUCCGAAACAUAAACUUGCGCUCGCACAUUUGCAGCAGCUGAUCCACCAUUGGGGUCUACUCCAUUGACCAGAAGUUUACCAGUGCCAUGCCACCCGUCAUUAUCUGCGAGGAGGUAACAACUUGGAAGGCCUAUCAUUGUAAGCACGGUAAAGAGGCGUUUCACCCUCUGACCAGGGCAGCUGCAGGUGUUAGUUUCAUGUUCUUGUUACUUGCGGAUUCCUACAAAAGGCAUUAUUUUUAAUUUUAUAUUUGCUUUAGGAGUUUCCUUACAUCUUCGAAAGCAAUAAAUGAACAGUUUUCUGCACUCGCAAUUUAACUCGUGGCGACGAACUGAUAAUGCCAUUUAUCCAACCCAAAUAGAGUAAAUUGUCUAAUUGUGCGAAUUUUCCCAUAUUAUUUCUGUGUCGGUAAAUCUCUGACACAUUAUGAAGGCGUUUACAAAAUAGGCAAAUUUGGCUUGUGGCUGUCCAGAGUCGACAAGCAUUCGAUGAUUUUUUAUAAAUGUUUAAUUUCCUUUGAAACAAUGUUUUCCCGGAAGAGUUUUUAAUAUGGCAAAGGCGACAAAGCAUGCAGAAUUUAUAGACGUUAUACAUUUCGAGACCUCUUAUUCAACUGCACACGGUCACAGCAUAGUUAUAUGACAAGGUAAACUAUUCAGUCAGAGAUUGACUUAGAGAGAUGCAACGUGGUAGGUAACAUGAAACACGUCCGCUAAGUUCUCACUGUAAUCCUAACUCGUAUGCUUAGAUAACUUCUCUCUCUGUCCGCAUACACUCGCCACGCGCACCUGCAUACUAGGCCCAUGUUUCGUGUUUAUCUCUCUGGGUCGACGUAUGAUUGUCGUUUUGUCAUAGUUACAUUGUCCUGCAACUAUGCAAUGAACGUGUUCAGCUGAAUAGGAGGUCUUGAAAUUCAUGCAUGCUUUGUGGCAUUUGGCUGAGUAAAAUUUCCUUUGCUUCAAUAAGUUCUGUUUUUUGAGCAGGUGCAUCAGUUAGCAUACGUGGCAAAAUAUCGAGCGCUUUAUUUUCGGCUUAACCGUUUGUUUGUGGCCCGAAUGCAAAAAGGGCAAUUGUUUAGAAGAGGCGAUUGCCGAAGCAUAAAGUUUAUCGAUUUGAAUUUUCUGAUCCUCACUCGAAUCCAUCAUCAGAGAGGACAACAAGAAUAAGCAGUAGAGGCACAAAUUGCAGUGCUCCGAUAACCACAUGCCAACAAUAAUUAGCAGCACGCGCGUUCAUUGCAGGCAGGCGGGUCGUAUGUGAUCUAUUGAUUGCCCUUCGUUGUCGAAAUCCUCGCGAAAGGUGACACUCGCGUGGUCUGCCAGCUGCUUCGUUCGCGGUUCUUCGGCCCGCACAAGCGCAAUGACCUUCAACCUCCUUUUCCUCAGUCAAGAUUUUACCUGUGUACAAUUACUACCCACGUGAGGAGGGUGUGGACACCCGGUAGUCUACGUGACAGCGAGUUAAAUUGUCGAGUAACCCUCACGCCAAGGAUCGACAACGGUGAUGCAAGUCCGGAGAUUAACGACCCGUAUAUGAACCGACGAGGAAUCAUCGCAACAAAUAAGCUCCAUGGCAAUAAUCUCGAGUACUGCUUAUUAUUUAGAGUACGUGGUUGCCGAGCAAAUAGGGCAAUAAAUGUUCACCCUAUUGCCGUUUUCUGCGACUAUCGCUGAUGAUCGAUUUAAGUAAGAAUUUAAAAAAAACAGGACAGUAAACUUGUUCCAACGAUCGCAACUUCUUUUCAAAAUUGCUUCCUGGAAUUCGCCCGUCAGCUUCUAUCAGUAAUGAUAAGGAUAUUCAUCUCUUAGACGCUAUGUGCGUAUAUUAUGUAGCUGCAUACAUAUGUCAGUCGGGCAAUCGCUGGUCCAUCUGAUGAAAUGUUAUGGGAGAUUUUUAAUAAGAGUUCGAUUAGGAAAGACAGCUGGGUUGAGGUUGUAAUAUUUAUUGGUAUGGAACAUUGUUUCGACACUUUCUGUCAAAUCAGGCUGUCAUUUUUUGCGUGAGGUCCUUCCUGAUUGCCUGUAUAGACCAUAAUACUCAAAAAUGGUCACUUACCUAAUAUAAAAUUAUAAUAGCACAUGAUAUAGCAUUAUUGUGCAAGAAUAACCAAGGAUUUCCCUAAACUACUAAGAUAACGUCAUAGAGCGCUUGUUACAACUUACAAUGAAUGUGGACCAUGCUGUUUACUUCAUAAGUUUCAUUAAUAAACCAAAGGAUGCGAUGGUGUAUGAAAGGAUAUUUAAUCGUCUAAGGAGUCGUACCACUAUAGAUAUUUUGUAAGUGAAAGGUUUAAAGAAGGAAUAAUUUGAUGUCAUUCAAGAACAAUAAAUGGUAUUUUUGUACAUCCAUCUCACAAACUGUAUUUCAAUUUUACGGGCAUACCCAAUGUACCGAAAAAAGUCAUACGACUUAAGUAGUCCCUUUUACCGGACGUCUGUGAACAACUUCCCAAAAGCCGGCGUCGCAAUGUGAGAGAAAUACCUUGGCAUUCUAUGAUACGAUGGUAAACUUUGCAGCCUCACAGAAUUAUUUCUUUCGUGAGAUAAGCCGGAUACCGCAGGAAUGCAAUUUGGAUGGCCUCAGGCACUGCUUUAACCACCGAGUGUAAAAUGCAGCAACAUCGCGCUAUUGUCUUCGCGGAAUUACUAAGUAGGCAAGUGUCAUUUGAGUGUUAUCAAUAAUAUAUGAGGAUAAACGGUAACCGUACAACGGCGAUGAAUUCACAGUUGAGAAACUUAAGUUGUAGUGACAGAGAAUUAUGUAGUAAAGUUUUCUUAUCCGCUCUCUAUUAUCAGCAAGGUGUGCCCGAUGACUGACUGAAAAUAAAGAGACGCAACCGAAAAUGCUUUCCCCGGUCCCUUAUAUUUUUUACGGCGAUAGGUCUUAAAGAAGCUCCAGGUCAAUUGUUGUUUGGAGAGAAUAACGACUGGAGGUAGCUCAUCAAAACCUGAAAUUCUGCUUCAUUCUUUCAUUUUUAUCAGCAUCCACGCUUGAAUGUUUCCACGUGCCCGUCCUGUCACUAUAUGUUACAAUAUCAGGAACCGACAGAAUACGCUUAAUGGAAUUGAUAGAUGACUUUCAUUUUUAGACAGAACGCUGCAAUAUAAGUAUGGAUAUGCGCACACCGGACUACAUUCCUCGACGCUUAACAAUAAUUUUGAUUAAUAUAAUUCAAACAGUUUGUCAUUAAUUGAUUUCCUCAAUUUUAAAACUUGCUACCGCCUUCUGGCUUUUAAAUAAGGCAUUUUCCUUCUAACGGCUGGUAUGCGGUGAAACAGUGGGUUCUAGGAACGUAAAGUCAGUGUCCAGCCCAACUGCCUGAUAUAAUUGCCAGCAGUUUUCCCAACUAGAAAGUAAAUCACCUUGCACCUAGUAGACUCUACCGUCAGCAUCACAAGCGAAUAAAAUUCGCGGUCACCCAUAUCUAUAGAUAUAUAGGAUCGGCGACGCUAACCCGCAUUUUUCAAAGGUAAACAAAGUUCAUCGCAGAGGAGGCAGUUUUGAGUUGAUUUUUUAUGUGGGCACGACUUACCUGAGUUUAAUUAUAGCACAUUGGAGGCGACAGAAGAGGAGCUGAAUUUAAACAAAUUAGCGAGUACUCAGGGAAAAUUAAAACGGGCUAAGUAGAUGCAUAGAUCGUGAGUGCACUCCGCGACGCCAAUGAAUGUAAAUUUAAAGGACAUAGCCCAAAAAUAAGUAUCGGUAAUUAAAACGUGGAACAAAGUUUUUCGGUUUUAUAGAAAUUAACCGAGGACCUUUGAUUGGCAAAACUAUUAGAAAUAAACUCAAAGCGGCGAACACCUAUUGAAGUUGACUUCGGUGCUCGAGACCAUUGUCGAACGCGGAGUUAAUUUAUGUCAUAGCUUGGGAACACACAAAUGGAGACUUGUAGAUGAUAUUUUGGACAUGUUUCCCGGCCAUAAAAAAAUUUAGAAUAUCAGAAUAAACCCUGCUGAGGACGAUAAAGUCAAAAUUUAAAUCAUUAACCAGCAUAUGUUCAACGUACUUUAUAAUUUUAUAAGACUGAGAGGAUGCAAACUCUGGUUUGAACUUUAGUGCAUGCUCAAAACCAUUCGCAUGCUGCACCAGACCGUAGAAGUUUGUUCGGCAGAUUACUAAGCCUGGCGGCAAUAACCGAAUCUCUCUUGUCAUUCGAAUAAGUGUGCAUGUGUAAUUCAAUCUCCCGGCUGGGAUACAUCCUGCAGCUAGUAGCUAGUUCGAUCGUCACCAAUUUUCCAGCAAACGGACAUACAUGAAAUUUUUGCGGAAAUUCUGAAAUACGUCAUCGAUUUGGAAGCGUGACUUAGGUUGGACUGUAAAGUUGGUUAUCACUCCGCAUAUUGUUAUAGUAUUUCGAACUCGCCAGGGAAUUGGCUUUUCCAUAAACUUCCUUUUGACCACUUGUGGGGAUUACACUCGUUAAAAAACCACUACGUAAACAGAAUGCAGAUUUUAUAUUAGUCUUUGGUGGCCUUUUUAAUGUUUUUAUGACGACAGCAUACAUUUCAAAAUGAAUAAGGACUACGUUUUACACAAAAUGAGGAGUAUUAAUACACGUGCGCUGCUGAAUGAGUGGAUAUGACGAAUGUUUAUAAAUUCAUGAUCAGAAACUUUGAAGCCCAAAAAGAUACUCCUUAUUCGAAUAUCAAUUACAUAAUAACGUGAUUUUCUACCAAAUGAGUGAAAGCAAGCAUACUGUCGUCCAAUAUAUAUGUAAAUUAAUAAUGGUCAUAAAAAGAAUUUUGAAAAGUACAUGCUAUGUCAGUAGUCAUUUUUCACGUAGGUUAAUGUUAGAGGAGGUUGAAAUAAUUUGCUUUCAAAAGCGAACCCCCUGGUCAGUCCGAAAUACUAUAAGAUCGUGCUGCACGAUAUCCAACAUUGCAACUGCACACACACACAAUGUUAGUUAAUCGGAAACCCAUUGCAGAACUGCGGCUAACAUUUCAUCAAAUGAUCACUGACUGUUACUUUAACGUCUGCUCACAGCUCGCUUUGACAUAAAGCAAGAAAGCCUGGCUCUUGGCGUAAUGGGACAGGUCCCUGUUGCGGACAGUUGAAUAGCGAUGCCGCUAAAAAUACCACCCUGAUCACUUAUUUUCGAAAAGCUCUUUGUUAGUCGACUUCCGCCACGACAAUUGUUGACCUCGACCUGACCCGAACAUAGGUGGCCUACCGUUUCGCCGCAAAUUCAUUGAGUUGAGGACACAGUCACACGCAGCGCAAACAUUCAGUUGGCAAGGGCGUACUAAUUGCUCCCUCUACGUCAAUUUCCCUAUUUUAAAUUUUUCCUUUAUUAAAAAAUAGCUAUACCUACAUGCAUUAACUGCUCUUUGCAGAACCACCGCUUACUGUCGUCUAUUUAUCAGCAAUCGAAUGUAGAAACCAAUAAAACUUGCAUAAUUCAAAUCUAUUGAUUACAGAGUUGUUCGAAAUCAUACUCCUACAGCUUUCUGGUGAUUUGCGCACAUAUUUAAUUUGAUUUAUUAACCUCCUAACGGCUACUAUUUUUUAAUCAUAUUUUACGUCCGUCUAGAUGGACUCGCUCUCUUCAAGGAUUUCCUGACAACCGAAUUCAGUGAUGAAAACAUUGAAUUUUGGAUUGCAUGCGAGAAUUACAAAAAACUCAGUCAGCCAAAGAAAAUGCAGGGUCAAGCUCAGAGGAUAUACGAAGAUUUCAUGGCUCCUCAAGCUGGCCGUGAAGUGAGUUUUAAAAGACAUUGGAAUAACAUAAUGUAAAAUGAAGCAUAAUUUUAUUUUUGACCUAAACAAUACACUAAAGAGCUAAACGUACAGAUUUGGGUAGCAUGAUUUAUAGGAAUUAUUGUCAACGAUAAUCUCUAUUUCACAGACAAGGUUUUCCCACAUUUACAUUAUCAGGACACUUUCUAUUGUCAACUGGUGUUUCUAUGUUGCCUGGCGGACAGUAAGAUUGCAGAAAAUCUCUACUUUUCCCCGGAAGUCUUCAUGUAAAACGCAUUUUCCGGACUCGCGAUAAACCCUUCUACUUUCCUUUAAGUUGCUACGUUAAAUCUCAAGCAACGUACACUCUGCCUACGUAGGAUUAAAACCUGACGGCCAUCUGUCAGUUUUCCGACCACAAAAACCAGCCAGGCUUUAAUCGACGUGAGCACGGUAGGCAUCAGCUAGGUUGCGUGCCGGAUUCUGGCCGCGGCAGUCGCUACUGCCGUCAGCGAACGCCCCCCGUUUUUUAACAGUACUAGGCAGGAUUGACAGAAAAAAUCGCAUUACUUUUGGGGGCAUUGACCUGCCCCCAAGACUGGAGGCCUGAGUGGAUGAUUUUUAACGAGUUAGUUGUAGUCCGGAAUUGUCAUAAAACGGACUGGCAGUGUGUAGACACAGAGAUGGGGAAACACUGUAACACCAACAGAGUUAUAGAAACACGCCUAUUCCAUUUCCUAGCAAAAAGAACUCUGAAGAAACGCAUAAUUAUCUUAAAGCACAGAACACCCUCCAUUCAAACUAUUCAAUAAAGUUUAAGCAAAAUACCCAGAAACUUCGAAGUUCAUACGUGUUAAUGUACGGCAGCUUGGCGGACUCAGAAAAUGCCAACGGAAAUUUCAAUAAUUCGUUUUCGUUUCGAAAAUAUUAAGUUAGUAUCGUUAAAAGACAAAUCCUCAUUCUAUUCUAAAUCAGUUACCUAAUAAGGCCGGCUUUUGAACGAAUUCAUUUCUGGUUGCAUGCCAGAACUAUAUUCGGGAAAAAUGACUGCUUACGUAGCAUGUAUUUUUCUCAUUGAUUUUCGGUGCCCUCAGAAAGACAAUCCUAGUUCAUGGAAAGCAUGUAUAGUUUGAAAUCAUUUAGUUUUGAAAUCAUUUCUGAUACUGUAACGACAUGUAAGUUUUCGCAAAUCGGAAGUUGGGAAAAUUUCGAAAAGCGAGCUAUACCUUGCUUUCGAGUACAGCUUUGAGAACGUUGGUAAUUUACAUUCGAAUGAGCAAGAAAAUGAAUCAUUUUUACAUGUCUUCCGUGAAAUAUAAAUAAAUAUUUAAGGGCAUCGAAAAUCGAUGAGGAAAUGCAUGCUAACUAGGUAGGCACUUUUUGCAGAGUUUAGUUUUUGGACUGACGAAAAUUCUCAUAGCGGAAAUCAGAAGACGAGGUUACGUGUUUUACUUCUACGCCCGUCCCCUAUAAUUGUUUCGGCCGGCGAGAAUUCACCGAAAGCUACGCAUGUUCGCCACCUCGUCUUCUGAGUAUAGUUUUUCUCUAGCCGAAAUAAAGUACUUGUCAAUGGCGGCAUCCUUAGCCAACUGAAUUAUUAUGGAACUAUGCUAAAUGAUGAUUAUUUUCACACCCUUACUUAAUUAAUAUUUUUGAGAUGAAAAUGCAUUCCGGAAUUUUGGUUGGUAUUUCAUGAUUACGUUCACUCAGUGAAUUUUUUGCUUCGUAGCACCUGAGCCGUUGGCUACUGAAUGCGAAAGAAGACGCUUGUAACAGAUAACAUUAAGCCUAAAAGCGAUGGUAAUAUUCCACAAACUCAUCUAUACUGUGAGUUGACUGCAGCAUUGACCACUUAUUUGUUGCGAUAACUGUCUUUGUGUUUUUGAGGAGACGUCAGUGAGGUCAAAAAGUGACGGGGGUCACUAGUUCUGGCGAUGAUAGACAAGCUGUCGAUACCUGAUAGUCGGCAACUAGAAAAGAGAACGAAUGGGGUAAUGCAGAGGAUGUAGAGGCAGCCCAUAAGGCAGAGGUCACGGUGUCCUAAAAGCCAGCCGCAUGUUGUGUGUGCGCAUGAGCCACGUUUGGUUGCCGACAAUCGGCAAAAUACCGACCAGGAUUAAAAUAUAACCACGUCCAGGAGCAAAUUCGCACGCAUCUUAGUCGUUCAGCUGACCAAGUGAGUUCCAUGGCUAACGUAACAGCUACUCCUUGCAAGUGAUGAAGAUCCGGGGCCUCCUACUAACGCUUGCGAUAUUUCGCAACUGUUCUGUCCUGAUGAAUCCAACGAACUGGGUCGAUGUCAGUAGAUUCACGAUAUGCUAUAUUUACAAACCUCAGCUUCUCCGGACCCUAGCGGCUAGAAUUUAUGGCUCCUUGCCUUCCAUCGACUCUGUAAUUUUUCUUAUAUCUUGAUCGGUGAGGAAACUAUCAGCUAAACAAAAACUCUUCCCCGUUCCAUCUAUUGGCAUACGCAAUUUCCGACUGCAUUUUUUGUACAUGCGUCGGUAGUCCAACCGACAAAAAAGCACAUACUGUUAAAAACCUUUUGAAGCUGAAAUUUGCUAGAAUAAACGUUUGGAGAAGGGGAAUUUGAAGAUAUUCGGAAUUUCGAAAAGGAAGCACGCUUAAAAGUGUCUGUGUGUGUAUUUAUAAAUUAAAUAGAUGGCUUUCGUUUUAUCAAAGUACAAAGGAAUACAGCGGCGACCAGAAUGUCCAGUUUCGCCCCCCUCAGUUGUUAUAUUCAACUUCGAAAGUUUAUGCACUUCGGAUUCAGAUAAGGGAUUUUUUGCCAACGGCAUAAAUGCACUAUAAUAGAGCCUCGUGUGCGCUGUUGCGAUCAGGAAUAAAAAUUGGCCUAGAUUUGUGUCUACCAAUCGGAAUACUGAACGCAAUCGUACCGGUGGGCAUGGCUGGAUGAUGACGAUUAUCAAGACAGAAAUGCCCACUUAAAUCCCCCAUAUUUAUUUUUUAGGAUUAAUUAUUUGGAAAACUCACUUUAUAUACCUAUAUGUAGGAAACGUUGCUAAUUCCUCGAACACAGACAUAAACAAAUGCACUAAAACUCCACAUUUUCAAGGUAAUUUUUAACAAAUUGAAAACAAAAAACUAAAUGCAACAGUAGGCUUUUAAUACCGUUUUUCUUAGAAGAUCGAACGUUCUGAAAACUUUGAAAAUUGAUCUAUCGGCACAAAAAAACAUACCUAUCAUAAGAACUGGGUAAAUGCAACAGCGUUUGGGUAAUAACGCUUGAAAUUGAACCUUUAAUUAAGUAAACGAUCAAAUAUCUUAAAAAUUUAAUGAUGAUCCUAUAUGGUAGUCACAUAGCAGCAUGUGAUUUGGAUGUAGAUCUUGAUACGGUCUCACGAUACUUGGCUGUGUGGAUCUGACACGAAUAAAUUUUUUCAUAAGAAAACAUAUAGACGGGCAGAUCAGACGUUGAAAUAUUUGAAAUGAUUUGUCGGGUGCAAUGUUAAAAGAGCCAAAAUUGCUGUAUAAUAUGAGAAUUUUCCCGCCAAAAUUAGUUACAGUUUUUAUAUGACGCGUACGAUGACUUUCAAAGCAUCGUCAAAGAUCCGGUGAAUAUGUAAUGAUUUUUAGAUUUUCAAUGGAUUGCGCAUACAGGCAGAUAUUGUACUAGGCGUGUUUGAUACAUCUAAAUAAGGUAUUUCUUAAGGUUCUUAAUUCAGUAUCGGCAUACCCCCUUUAAUGCAAGUGCCCGUUUUGGUUAUACUUGUAGAUUUACUCUGAAUGUUCUACUCCAUGGCCACGUGCAGCGAACGUCGACAAUGACUAACCUAAAGACCAGUUUACGAACUUUAAAAAACAUAACAAUACGUUAUCUUGCUAAGGGAUGUUUAUAUGUAUUGCAUUUUAAAGGUAAAUUUAAGGUAGAAAUUGCAAAGAUUGGUCAGUUUUUUUCCUUUCCUACAAAAAAGGAUCACAUUCGCUAUAAAAGAAUGAAGUCACCUUUACUGUCAGUUGGUUGGCAUUAUCGUUGUUUUGCGUGAGGCCGCGUUCUACGAUUAUACAUGCACAAAGGUGUGAUCACAUAAGUUAGAAGACAGAACUGAAAUGUAAAACGUCUAUCAACGCCAUUUCUAAAUUAGGCGCAAGCAAGAUAGAAGAAGAAUCUUAUCAUAUGCUUAAGGCUAGCGUAGACAUUUGGCAGAGAGCCUUUUCGUGGUAGUAAAUCCGGUGUUUGCGAGGUGCGUGAAAAUUUUGGACAGCUUAAAAAUAAAUUUCCUAAAAACGUUAGAAUUGUGUUUUGGACUUUUAAAAUUAAUGGCUUGUCUGUAUUUCCAAAACUAGCCUUUUUGCCCUAUUUGAUUAGCGUGAAUAAAAAAUCACCUUUUAUUUACAGAAAGUGUUGCCUGGUAGAAUCCUUCAUUUUUGAUUACUCUGCUUCGACAGAAGAAGACGCCGAAAUACCAAGUCUGCACAUUGAACAAAUGCAGUGUUAGCGAAUAUGUUCGAUCAAAUAUGUUAUCAGUUUGAUUGAAAUGUUUGUUUGCAAGCGUAGUCUGCAUGCAAAAAGAUGUUUUUUCGAAAAAGACCAGACAAAUAAGAAAAAUAAGCAAGCUUUGAGAUGUCUACAAUGAACCCUCAAAAAUUGUGUCCUCACAUGUCCUGAGUUAGGUCGCAAAUUAGAUAUUCAAGCCCGCUGAUGAAAAACUUCGUGUGUAGCCUUAAAGUACAGAGGGACAAGCAUUUAGCUUAAAUUUUACCAUGGGCAAAAAGUCAUUUUAGCAGUUUAGGUCCAAUUUCUGUCGCAUUAGUCGUAAUCUUACAAUACUAUUUUCUCAAUAUAACUUACAUAAAUAAGCAUGCCUGUUAAAGCAAAUCAUAAGCACGAUUAAAUUUAUGAGAUGAUGGUGGCACCAUUACUGCAGAAAUGGCCUUAACGCGCCACUUGUUUCAGACUCACUUUUAUACACAUCCUCGAAGACAGCCACAUAUUACGGCCUCCAGCCGGAAUCCGAGACGUCCAGCGACCCACAUUCUUGACUGCCUCAUAAAGCUUCCGUCUCUUAUCUGGUCUAUUUUGGCGUCAUUGGCCAUUCAUAAUUUGCCAGCGAGUUUUCUGCCAAACUGUUUAUCGAUGCGCUCACCUGAGGCAAACUCAUUGCACAAUACUCUACAGUACAAAUUAAUGAUCGGUAGUCACAUGAAACAAAAAUCGCGUCGGCGUUGUGCGGGUAUGGAGUUUGAAAACAGCUGACAUCGUCUCGUUAUGUUUUAUCUUACUGAACCGUUUCAAACCAAUGCUAAUUCGAAUCAAACUCUUAAACGCAUUUUCCGGUAAUCCAAUCGGUAAAGCUCAACAUCAAGUGGGAAAAUUGAAUUCAAGAUGAACACUUGGCAACGACGAUCGUUUACUGCGGUUCACAAAAGACGUUUUAUAGCUGGCCUGUCUGGGAAAUGCUGCCAUAAUCGAUAGUUGAAGUGAGUAAAAAUCUACUUCUUCUCUUAUCAACAAGGUGAAGUGUUACUUGUAGGCCGAGGGUGUGACGAACAUUUAAAUUUGAGCUGCGAUUUUAGUUUUCUCCAAUGAACAAAAACCCGUCUUAGUUGAGCGCCAGCCUUCCUAUCUUAAUCUCUAUAUGCCCUUUUUUCUACUUGGUGUGAUCAAAACUAAAACUGAGGAAAUUUGAGUCCUUUGGAGGGACAGACCAUCAAGGGUGAAUUUUGCACAAAGUUUCUCGGCGAUUUUCACUGGUGCCAACCGUUAGAAUUAGCGGUUAAUAUGUUAUCCACGUUUUGCACGCAUAUUUAUUUACGGGGAAAAAAGAAAGUGACUUUGCUGUUAAUUCAUGAAGAUAAUUAAGAACUGAAGGGUAUUUCUCCUUCUCCGACCUUAACUUCCAGAAAGCACUUCAAGGCUUUCGUCCAUGGCAUUUUCACACGCUCUUGUCUAGGUUAACCACAAGUGGAAAGCGCCAAAAGAACUCUAAUGCUCAUUUAUGGCAGCCACCAUACUGUCAGUCGGGUCGGAUAUUUAGCAUUGGCCUAGAAAAGCCGAUUAAUAUGCAGAAAUCGCUGACUUUUCAUUAAUAACAUUCAUUAUAUCACUGCAUAAACUUGUGUAUAAUUGUUUACCACCGACAGCUGGCAUCAUAGGAGUCUUGUGAGAAUAGACACGUUAAAUUGGCUUCUUGUGGACUUGACAAGAUUGCAUUUUUAGACUCUAAUCAAUGCACCGUUGAAAAUGGCAAUAUAAAUACGUAAAGAUUAUCUAUAUUCCCCUUUCUUCAUAUUGCGGGAUAUGCUUGAACCUUCGGCCUGACGAAUUCUCAUUGGUUGAUUAAAGCAUUGAGUUAAAAGUGGUAUUAAAUCACAGAGUUUUCCAAAUUAAACACUCUGAUGGCUGUCACUGUCAACUUUUGACGAGCUUGCUGGAGUAAUGAUUAAACCAAUAUUAUUUGUUCGAAAGCGUUUUGGAAAAUUGCUGGUUUGGAUAAUCAGUUGUCUCGUAUUUGCGAUCUUUCAACUGAUUUAAAUAGAAGGCCUCGAAAUAACGAUAUUUAUCGUUAGAAUUAAGAUGUUCCUUAAACAUCCUAUCAAAUAUUUUCUCCGGAAUUUUCGCAUGCUCUUCAAAUGUAUAUUUUUGCGUCCGACUAUAAUUAGAAUUUGUGGGAAAAUUAACAGUUAUGAAGAAGUUGCAUCAGCUGUCAAAAUGUAGGUUCUAGCACGUGCUACACUAUCUGCGCUUCUUUGCUCAACUGCUUUCUAUAAAGAAACGUCUGCUCUGCAAUAACCUUAAAGUCUACGUCACAGGAAAACGUCAUUUUGCACAAGACUGCUAAUAAUUUGCUAGUUUUAAAAGCACAUAAAAUUUUCAGUAUUUAUGGUUGACACUUGGGCUUUGAAUCUUAUUACUACGCACUUAAUUUACGCCUCAGAUCCUACGGUUCAUAAUUAAUUCCUACAUUAUUGUACAAUGGCUGCCGUUCGCUUACCACACCCAAGUUAUCAAACGACAAUAAAGCGUUAUGGAUAGAGUGUAGAACCUCUUCUGAUGAGAGGUUUGCAAAAGGUACUGACGGUAGGAUUGGACUAAGUCAGCUCUUUCGGUUUAAUUAAGGAACUCCUGCAGUCUUUUAUAUAAUGAAAUACUUGUCGGUGGCCAGGACUGUGUAACUGAACAAUGCCGAGACUGAUUUGGAGUCUGCUGAGUCGCUUAAGUCACGUAUUUUUAUCGUCCUCUCGGAAGCAUGGUACGCCAUUUGGCGCGAUCAUUUGGAUAGUAAAGAUACGAUGCGAUGCGAAUGAAUAAAUGGAUAUUUAAGUCAUAAUACUAUCCAUGCUAGACAUGGCUAUGAAGGUUCGUAGAUUGGCUCCUCAGAUAACACUAGGGUACCACUGGAUACAUUUUAUUGCAUCGAUUGCAUUUUACAUUUUGAAUGGUUUUGCAAACGGUGAGGACGGUGAGAAUAAAAUAAGUUGUGGGAGAUAUCAUUGCUGAUGAAGGCAGAAUGAAAUUAACACUUCAGGUUCAGUGACGGUUGUCAGUAACUCAUAUUCAGCUCCUGGCUUUUCUUAUCCAUAGGUCCGAACUCAGGUUCUCUUGGUUGGUAUCUCGGCGCUCCAACCACUAAGCAACACGCUCGUUGUGCUGUUUGUAAAGCGAUGCUUGCUGAUCGCGCCACGAGGCACUAAUGUCCGUUUUCUCUUCUUGCUCAGUCUAAAUACCCACCAGCAACCGCAUAGUGGCAAGUAGUGUAGGUAGAAUAUAUAUAUAUGCAUAUAAAUGAGGAUUUUCUAGCUUGAAAAAGUCUCAGCGGCCUCGGUGGGAUAAGAACCAACAAAAUUAAAAGCAAUACUUGAGUAUAAUCAACGCUUUAAAACUAGCUGAGCCUUAAAACUUGCGUGGUCCAAAGAAAAAGCGAGAUAUCCUAUAGAUAGCAAAACCAUUGGCGUCAUUUAAACGCUAAUUUUGACAGUCUGUACUCAGCCUUCAGCGAUUAUCAGUUGUACCGCUGGUUGUUGCUCAAAAGAUCGUAAGCAACUACCACAUGCAUUUUUGCCUCGUAGAUGUCGUUGUGGUGAAAAAUAACUUAAGUAAUGAAGAUUGUUUGGAUUUAUUUAAAUCCAAGCUCUUACAACGCUACCUGUAAUUUGUCCAAAACCCAUUGUGCGUGACGCUCAAAAAUUUGUAGCCAAAAAUAAGCUGUCGUAAAAGUGGGGAUGAUCGAGCACUGUGUAGGCCCCAACUUCAGUUCAGAACUUACGCUCUCAGACGUCUUUAACAUUUUCCCUUUCUACCCCUCCAUAAAGGUUAAUCUUGAUUCGGCGACUAGAGAUCAGACAGUGGCAGAACUGUCUAACCCCUCCUCGCGGACCUUCGAGAAUGCCCAAAAACGGAUCCAGGCUCUGAUGGAGAGGGAUUCCUACCGACGCUUCCUGCGUUCCGAUCUCUACGCCACCCUCUUGAAUGAGGCUAAACAGGCGGCCAAGGCCUUGGCAGCCUCUGCUCGCAAAGCUACCAAACUCAACGCCAGUGGAUCUCCCUCGGAGUCGCCGGCUGUCAGUGGAUCGAGGUUCAAGCUCUCGCCAUUUAAGGCCUUCGGAACAGGUCACAAGGGUGUCGGCACUGACCUGCCCGGUGUUCUAGCCGCAGCUGCUGACGCAGAGGCCGGUAUAAACUCGGUGCAGGAUCUACAACUCCUUGGUCUGUCAACCUCACGGCACAUGCAAAAUCGCAUCUCCCUUGCCGCCGGUGCCACCUCACGGAAGCCCCCAACUCCCCAGUCCACUUCGCCUUCCCCCACCUCCCCCUCCCCCUCUGCUGCUGCUGCUGCUGCCGCUUCUGUUAUCGAACAUAACCCAGUCACAGAAGCUGUCUGA